ACAUGGGCUUGGAAAUGCUCCCGGACGAAGUCGUUCUUUCCCUGACCAACCAAUGGCCAUGCAGAGAUUUGCAGAUCAAGUCUCUGUCCGCCCUCCUUUCUCCUAGGCUGAGCAGUUCGGGAACAUUGGUUGUACAUGGUCCAGAAUCCACUGGCAAAACAGGCCUCCUCAAAUCUUACCUGGAGCACUCUGGCCUCAAACAUGCUUUUAUUCCAUGUUCCGAAUGCAUUACGAGCCGUCAUUUUCUGGAGCGGACUGUGGCAGCCUGCGUUGAAGCAGUUGAAGUAGCGACCGACGUAUCGCUGGAUGGGAUCAUUCCCUUAAGGUGUGAGAAUCUCAGCACUCUGACAAGCUCUCUGGAACGUCUUUUCGAAGGCAUCGACAAGUUUGUGCUGGUUCUGGACGGCAUCGAUGAGCAAAGAGAGGCUCCUCCUACUCUCUUGCCAACUCUCGCACGUCUGGGUCAACUAGUUCCCUGCCUCAGCGUUGUGAUGAUUGUCACAUUUCCUCAUCCACGUCUCCUUCAUCUUCCGGGUGCCCCACAUGUUUACUUUUCGCCUUAUACCCGUGAACAAGCUAUUCAGAUCGCUUGCUGCCAACCACAACGAAUAUUCAUUGAGCCUCUAUCACCGUCUGCCAACUAUUCGGAAGAGGUUGCCGCCGAAGAUGAUGCAUGGCUCUGGUCACGGUUCUGCGCCGCUGUUUGGGAUUCGUUGGCGAGUGGAGCAGCUCGAGAUAUUGUCACCUUCAAGUCCAUCCUCGACAAGCUCUGGCGUCCUUUCGUACAACCAAUCGUUGAUGGAACAUAUGGUACUCGGGACUUCAGCAAACUCAUGGUAGCACAACGCAAACUCUUCCAAGCGGAAAGCUGUCUACUGGAUUCGGUUAUUGAUGAGCCUCAACAGGACACUAACAUACUGACUGAUGCACGUUUACUGACCCUGCUGCANGUAACUCACGAUCUGCCCUACUACUCCAAAUGGCUGCUCUGUGCCGCGUACCUUGCAUCCUUUAAUCCACCCCGUCAAGACAACGUCUACUUCAUGAAAGCUGCAGAACGGAAGCGACGUAGGAAAGGAGGCGGUGCCAUCGCUGGCCGCGAGUCAAAGAACCGCAAGAUCCCAAGACAUCUCCUCUCACCCAGCCCUUUCCCCCUCGACAGGCUACUCGCCAUCGUCCACGCUGUGCUACCGCAUAACCUUACGCCAACUAUAGACAUCUACACGCAACUUGCAACGUUGUGUUCGUUGAGGUUGCUGCUGAGGACGGCAGUCAUUGGUGGUGAUGUGCUCGAGCCAGGUGCUAAGUGGAAGGUCAACUUCGGCUGGGAGUACGCACUCAAGUUGGCUCGAAGCGUAGGCUUUGACAUCACAGACCAUGUAGCUGAA